AUGAGUUCCACCGGCUUUGACUUUUAUUUUCCUUCUACCUACAAGAGGAGAACGGUUAUGCGCAAUGCAGGAUAUGGAUCUAGUGGCGGUAUUGAAUCAAGGGCUGCAUAUUUGAGCCACUCUGUCCCACCAUCUUACGCGUCGUCAUACAGAAGUUUUCCCAUCCACAGUCGCGCUACCUCCAGCUCUUUCCUGCUUUCUUCCAGGGUGUACAGCUACUACAACCUACGUCUUGACCAAGCAGCACAGGUCACCUCUGAAUUCAAACGAUUAAGGACGCAGGAGAAGGCGGAGCUACAAGACCUUAAUGACCGCUUUGCAAGCUUCAUUGAUAGGGUCCAUGAACUGGAGCAACAGAACAAGUUGCUGGAGACUGAACGCCUGUUGCUCAGGCAGCGCCAAACAGAACCGUCAAACCUCCGGGCCCAAUAUGAGGAUGAGGUGCGUCAGUUAAAUGCUGCAGUGGAAGAAGCCCGUUAUGAGAGACAAGCUGCCCAGCACCACAGGGAUGAGAUAGAGGGCGUGUUGAAGAAUCUGCAAAAACGCUAUGAGGAUGAAGUGCUUGGUAGGGAGAGGGCAGAAGGCAGGCUUAUGGAUGCCAGAAAGGAGGCAGAUGUGGCAGCAAUGGAGAGAAAUGAACUUGAGAAAAGAGUUGAAAUUCUUUUGGAUGAGCUGGCCUUCCUGAAGCGUCUCUGUGAGAGCGAAAUUGCAGAACUCCAGGCCCAAAUUCAAUAUAGCACGGAUGUGUCUGUGGAGAUGAAUGUAGUUAAACCCGACCUAUCAGUUGCUCUACGAAACAUUCGAGUCCAGUAUGAGACGAUGGCACAACGCAAUCGCCAGUCAGCCGAGGAGUGGUUCUGCAACAAGAUGAAUAUGAUGUCGCUUGGCACUGUUCGCAAUACAGAGAGUGCACGUAAUGUCAAAGACGAGGCUGGUGAAUGCCGCAGGCAGGUCAAAACUAAGACGUUGGAGAUUGAUGCCUGCAGAGAGAUGAACCAAGCACUGAAAAACCAAUUGCAGGAAGUGGAGGAGAAACAGAGUGCUGAGAUUUCUGCUCUGCAGGAUGAUAUCAAUCAUCUGGAAGAAGAAUUAAAGGUAAACAAGAAUGAAAUGGCUCGCUACCUGAAAGAUUAUCAAGAUCUCUUGAAUGUGAAGAUGGCCUUGGAUAUUGAAAUUGCAGCCUACAGAAAGCUGCUUGAAGGAGAAGAGAACCGCUUAGACCGGUGUGGCCAGAUGUCUUCUGUGGUUCACUCCCAAGCUGUGUUUGCGGGACCUCCUCAUGGAAAAACACUAGUCUCCGUGCAAUCUCAAUUGUAUUCGGCCUCUCCAUACUUACUGACCCCUCGAUUAUACAGAUCAACAGUAUCCACUGAGGAGGCACUAUCUGCAAGUCAAGCAGAGCAAGCAGAGGCAAGCCCCCCUCAGGAAGUGGAAGGCAAUGAAGCAGAGGACAGGGAGGAGGAGGAGGAGGAGGCAGAAGAGGUGGAACUAGAUGACAAGGAGAAGGGAGGGGAAGAUGAUGAAGAGCAGAGCGAAGAUGAAGCUGAUGAAGAAGAGGCCAAGAUAGAGGAUCCAUUUAAGGAGGAUGAAAAGGAAGGAGUGGAUGAAUCUAAUCAGAAAGAAGAAGGGGAGGACAGUGACGAUGACAAAGAAGAAAGCCCAAAAGAAGUGGAAAUUGAGGCUGAUGAGAAAAAUAAAAAAGUUUAGUACUGUUUAUGUAUGCUUUGCUAACUUGCAAGCAAGUCCUCCACUGUGGGGCUCCAAUAUGUGUUCGAAUUGUAAUGGUGAAUAUCUCACCUUGUUGCAUGGACAGUACAAUUUAAAUGCAGUACAGUAUUAUCAAAAUUAAGAAAAUUUUACAAGCACCAAAACUACAGUUAUGCUUUGUGCAGAUUUGUUUGCAACAUGUUUGUGCUUGUCACCACAAUAUAAGAAAGUCUGUA